AUGCCAUGUCGCAUGGCAUGCGACAGGUGCGACCACGUCGUUCCUUACCGUCUCCCUGCUGUUUCUCUUUCCCCAUCCGCCAUCGUUUUCCCGCCGUGCGCGGCGCCACCCCGCAGCAUCAGCACCCGCGUCGUCAGGGUCGCACGCGGAAUCACCGUGCGACGCAGGCGUAGUCGCCGGGGGCGCGGAGGCGGCGCCGCUGAUCCCCGGGCUGCCGGACGACCUGGCGACGGAGUGCCUGCUGCGCCUGCCGCGCCAGGAGCACCGCGCCAUGCGCCGCGUCUCACGGCGCUGGAACCAACUCAUUCAGGUGAGCCAUGCCAGCUCGUCCACGUGCUGCCAGCCGUCAGGUGUGCUGCCAGCCGUCAGGUGUGCUGCCAGCCGUCAGGUGUGCUGCCAACCGUCAGGUGUGCUGCCAGCCGUCAGGUGUGCUGCCAGCCGUCAGGUGUGCUGCCAGCCGUCAGGUGUGCUGCCAGCCGUCAGGUGUGCUGCCAGCCGUCAGGUGUGCUGCCAGCCGUCAGGUGUGCUGCCAACCGUCAGGUGUUCUGCCAGCCGUCAGGUGGGCUGCCAGCCGUCAGGUGUGCUGCCAGCCGUCAGGUUCUUGGCUCGAUUCUAUCCACGCUUUCAGUGAAAUAUUCCUGCCAUACCUCAUCACCAUGCCCGCCUUUCCGCCAGCUCCCCCUUCCCCCAGUCCCCCCUGUACUACGAGCUGCAGCGGCGCAGGGGAGUGCAAGAGUGGUGGGUGCAUGUGCUGUCUCUCAACGACUGCUCAUCACCCCGCCCCCCUUUCUCCUUUGCCCCUUUCCCCCCUCCCCCCUUCGCACCCCUCCUCUUUUCCCGCCCCAGUCCCCCCUGUACUACGAGAUGCGGCGGCACAGGGGAGUGCAGGAGGGGUGGGUGUACGUGCUAUCCCGGGACAGCUCGGACCGCCUGUGGUGGCAUGCACUGGACGUGCGCUCUGCCACGUGGCACGACGUCCCCCGCAUGCCCUCCCUCUGCUCGCGCGCCUACGGGCUCGCCUGUGCCGCCUGCCAGGGCAACCUCUACGUCAUUGGCGGUGCAGGGUGGCUCAAGCCCAGCAGACCGCACGUGUACAGGUACAACCCCCCCGCCAACAAGUGGGUGCGCGUGGCGGACAUGGCCUUCCCCCGCUGCUACUGCGUGGCCGGUGCCGUGCGCCUGGAGAGGGAUGGCAAGGGCGGGGAGCAGGGCGCGGGGUGGCUCAGAGAAGGGGGCGACAGGGGGAGGGAGGGGAGGGAGGCGGGAGAUAGAUUGGGGGAUGGCGGGUGGGAGAGGGAGAGGCAAAGGGAGAGGUUACAGGAUGGUGAGGGGGCGAGAGAGGGAGGAAGCGUUAGUGGGGGGAAAGGGGAUGGCGAGAGGAGCAGAGUAGAGGAAAGUGAAAGGGUUGGAGACGAAGCAGGAGGGGGUGAGUCGAGCAGCGGAGGGAAAGGCGGGGGUAGCAGCAGGGAGCCUAGAGGGGGGAAGGCGAGAGGGCCAGAGGGAGAGAGCCGCAAGGGGGCACAGGUGUGUUCGGCGGGAGGGGCAUGGGCGAGUGAGCGGCUGGUGGUGGCGGGUGGCAUGGGGGCGAGCAACACGUCACUGCUGACGUCAGUUGAAGUGUACCACCCGCAGGAGGACCGGUGGACCAGUGCCGCUCCAUUACCCUUCGAGUGCGAUCUAGAGGAUGCAGCAGUGUUGGCCAACCGACUGCUGCUGCGCCACAUGCGCUGCGUGCACUCCCCUCCCGGCCCCGACGCUGUCGCCUUCUCCCUCUCCUCCAACUCCUGGUCCCCACUUUCCGGGAACCUUCCCUCCGCCUGGCACGGCCCGUCCACGGUGCUGGACGGUCGGAUGUACAUGCUGGAUCAGAUCGGAGGGAUCCGGUUGGCCGUGUACGAUGACGUGGCGCAGAUGUGGCGCCCGAUUGGCCGCCUGUCGCCGGCGCUGCUGACGCCGCCGUGCCGGAUAUUAGGGUUUCGCGGGCGGCUGUACGUGAUAGGGCGGGGGCUGUCGAUGGUGGUGGUGGAGGUGGAGGAGGCGUUGCGGUGCGAUGGGGUGCUGCUCACUCGCCGCAUUGACGGCGUUGGGUGCCCCUCCGAUGUGGUUGUCAGCUGCGUCGUGCUCGAGCUCUAA